ACACACUCCUUUGACACACACACCUACACACAGCUUGUGUCUAACUAAUCAGGAGCAGUGGGAUCACAGUAACUCUGAAGCCUUCUAAGGAAAAGGAAUACCACUAACUGUUUCAUCUCUGAACGCUCAACACUAAUCUCUGGCCUCCACAGAACCCCUGAAACAUCUGGAAACAGACGGAAACAGACGGAAACAGACGGAAACAGACAGAAAAGAGACUGAAACAGACAGGACAAUGUCACACAACCAAGACACACAGUGAGGAUUACACUGAGACAGACUGACGGACAUCAACAUAAAGACUGGCCUCAUUCAUACAGAGAGACAGUGAGACAGACGGACAUCAACCUACAGCCUUGUGUCCUUUCAACAGAGACAGCCAGACAACUCCAAACAGAGAGAGACAUCACACUAGUGCCUGGUCACUCUCCAACCCUCCUACCCUCCACCCACUCCACCUCCCACCAGCUGGCCUCAGCGCCCCAGCCAGGGGUUACAGGUCACAGGUCAGGGAAACUAGCCCGACAGGCUCCUAGUGAACAGCGCUAGGAGGGCUCUGUCUGGCCUUCUGUUCUGUUCUGUCUGCCAGAGCAGACAGCAGUAUUUCAGCAUGUUGUCCGUGGCGCCCCACAGCAGUGCAUUAUAAUGCCCAGAUGGAUGACACUGCCAUGCAACCUGCCUAACUUGCUGUCGGGACUGUACCUUCACAUCAUCUUCCUGCUGGGCAGCGUGUGUGUGGCCUGCAGCGACUGCACACCCGAGCAGCUGGCCGCCAUCAUGAACUGCUCCAAGCACGAGCGCCACGCACGGAACUACGACUACAUGGAGGGGGGAGACGUACGCAUACGACAGCUGUUCAGCCGGACGCAGUGGUUCCUUACCGUCGACGACUACGGCAACAUCAACGGGACACAAGACCCCACCAACUGUUACAGUAUCCUGGAGGUCCGUACGGUGUCCGAGGGAGGAGUGUUAGCUAUCAAAGGAGUGAAGAGCCAGUACUAUAUCUCCAUGAACAGGACAGGCCUGCUGCAAGGCAAGAAAAUCUACAAUGAGAACUGCAACUUCAAGGAGGUUUUCCUAGAAAACUACUUCAACGCGUACUCGUCUACUAAGUGGACUAGAAACGGCAAGGAGAUGUUCAUUGCUCUGUCUCAAAAGGGCAGGCCGCUGAGAGGGAAGAAGACCAGGAGGGAACACAUCGCCUCCCACUUCAUCCCCAUGAAAUGUAGAGAGGAGGAGAGGACUAGCGUCUGAGAGAAGGAGAGGACCCGACUGAAAAAGGAAGGGGUGACUGGAGCCUGAGAGGAAGAGAGGACUGAAAGAGGAGAGGAC